GGCUCUUUUCGUCCGGAUAACACUCGGGACUCUUUUCCCCCGGAAGCGGAGCCGGAGUUUUCCCGGCCCCUGCCCGGCCACAGGAAAAGCUGUUCUUCCUCCCCUGGAAGGCCACAGCGCCGCUCUCCAGCCUCCGUGAUUUAUGUGUGACUCGGAGCAGAAUGGAUCGCUAUCGAUACUUCAUCUUCAACCAGAGGAACAUGGUGGUGCUGGGGAUGUUCCAGAUAGCCCUCAGCACGGUGUGCGUCGUCAGCGGGUUCAUAGAUGGCAUUUUCAGAACAGAGUCUCAGCUGGGCAGAACCAGAGCUCCAAUUUGGGCUGGGAUGGUGAUGGGAGUCCCAGGCGUGCUGGCUUUGUUCUCCUCUCAGAGGAAGAAUCCAAUCCUUGUGAAUGUACUGAUAGGUGCUUCCAUAAUCUCUUGUGUUGCCAUCCUCAUCGUAAUAGGUUAUAGCUCCUUCACACUGAACUAUGGUGAAGAGGAGGAGCUGAGUUCUGCCCCAGUCCAUGUUAUCCAUACUAGGUUCAUACUCAGUAAGGUGGUCAAGGGUGCUAACAUAGCCAUGCUGGCUGCAUCUAUCUGCAGUGCCUUUUUUGUGCUGGCCAUGGCUUACUUGGGGUGCCGGAGCCUUCCACGCUGCUCCUGCUACGACAGCGUGACUGGGAUGGAAUGGUUGCAACCUACCGAGGACCAAAAUCAGGCUGUGGAAAUGGUUUGUGCUGUACAAAGCUCUGGGGGCAGAAUUUUUAGCUUCCCAGAUCGGUUUCCAGCCCAGGAUGUGGAUGCAGAGGAAGACACAUCCAAACCUCCACCAUACACCAGACUGACUUGAGAAAGUGGUUGAACAUUUUGUUCAAACGUGGCAAGAGAGAUGUAACAAGCUCUUAAUCUUUAAAGAUGGUUAUGCACUUUUCCUUGGCCUCUUGAAAAACACACACAGGAAGAGAGAAGUAUUGAAUGCCAAACAUUCAGCAGAGAGCACAGUGCAGAGGAGAAGAUCCGCAGGUGGUUUUGGACAUUCAGACUUUGUAUGGUUAAAAUACCUCACUGCCUCUGGAAAGCGUGAGCAUUUUUUUCCUCUGGCUUUUGUACUGAAAUCAUGUUUUAUUUCACUAGAACUCAUCAUGCAAUUUGUGUAGCACU